AUGCCAAUUUUAGUUCCUUUAAUUUCCUUUCCAGAGCUUCAAGAGGCAUUCAGUUUGUUCGAUAAAGAUGGCGGGGGCUCGAUAUCAUACUCCGAGCUUGGUGCGGUGAUGCGAUCGUUAGGACAAAAUCCAACAGAGGAUGAACUCAAAGAAAUGAUAGCUGAGGUGGAUGAAGAUGGUAUGAUAAUUGCGGUUGCCAAUUGGACUGCUUCCUAACUUUAAUUUUUUCAUGGGGAUAAAAAAUCGAGUAUGGCGGCCAUUUUCCCUGUCUUUUAAAUUUACCCUUUUUCACGCAAGCUAAUUGCCUCAUUUUCAUGUUAAACUGACCAUCGAGACAUCAUAAGCGUUUUCCCGAAGUUUUCCCUUUUCUAUAACUUUAAAAAAUGCCACCCCAGGCCCAGUGUCCUCGUUAAAAACUAAAAUUCGUUCCAAGAUUUUGAAAUAUUUGUUGUACCAGCAAGGACUACGUCCUUAACGAGAUUAAUGGAUGCUUAUUACAUCUUCAUUCUACUGCAUAUUAGGGACGUACAUUAUUUUAUAAGUGGUCGGGAUUAAAAUCUUUCUUCUUUUGACAGGAAAUGGCGAGAUUGAUUUUGAGGAGUUUCUUCAAAUGAUGUCCAAGAAAAUCAAGGAAACUGAUACGGAGGAGGAAAUAAAAGACGCGUUCAGGGUUUUCGACAAAAAUGGAGACGGAAUGAUAAGCGCGCACGAACUGAAACAAGUUAUGGCGAACCUCGGCGAAAAACUUACGGAUGAGGAGCUGGAUGAAAUGAUGAGAGAAGCUGACACCAAUGGGGAUGGACACAUUGACUAUGAAGGUAAAUAA